GAUUUGCAGAGUGGGAGCCACCAGACGAUACCAAGAUGUUCGAGUGCUUCCUGGAAAUAGCCUUCGAGGCGGAGGUGCACACGCAGGAGCAUCCAGAACUGCAAGAGCUGGCGCGGCAGCUAGUCCACGAGGAUCCCGCCACCAGGCCCGCCGCCAUCCAGGAGCUGCGGGACAUGGUGUACGAGCGCGGGGAGUGCACGCCGAGGCGCAUGGACGACGCGUUCCUGCUGCGGUUCCUGCGCGCGCGACGCUUCCUCGUGCCGCGCGCGCACAAACAGCUGGUCCGUUACUGCCGCUUCCUGGAGCAGUACCCCGAACUGUACCGGGACGUGGACCUGUGGGGACUGGCCCGCGUGGGCUGCGCGUACGAGGGCUGCAUGCUGGACCGCCCGGGCGUCGGCCGCCUCACUAUACUGCGGUUCGGAACAUGGGACCCUGAUGACUACCCCGUCGAGGAGCUGGUGAAGGUGGGCAUGGCCAUGAUGGAGAUCGGGCUGCGCUCGCCCAAGAUGCAGGUGGUGGGCGGCACCGUGAUCGUAGACAUGGCCGGGAUCACCAUGAAGCACGUGGCCACGCUCACGCCCACCAUCGCCUACCAGAUCGUCUGCCUCAUGGGGUUGGCGAUCCCGUGCGUGAUGAAUUCCUGCCACAUCGUCAACUACAACUGGCUUCUCAACACCUUCUUCUUCCUCUUCAAGCGCUUCAUCCCCAAGAAGGCGUGGAAGAUGAUCCACUUCCACGGCCACGACCUGGAGUCGCUGCGCCAGCUGGUGGACCCCGAGUGCCUCCCGCCGAGGUACGGGGGCACGUGCCGGCACCACGCCACUAUUGGGACCUGGUUCAACAAGAUCAGAAAGUACAGAGACGAGGCCUUCGAUCGGGAGAUGAAGGAAUUCGGCUGGGUGAUAAAGGAGUGAUGAACAGAUAACUAUAAGGGUCGGCGCCAUUAACGUCGCUAAAUUGUUUGUAUUGGAAAUUUCAUAGUUUACUGCUGAUCGCCGAUGAACAAUGCGUCAUUUUAAUAACAAAACUUCCGUGAGACACAGACAUAUUAAAUAUUAUUAUAUGUAUAGAUAUUAAGAACGGGUCACUCACGUCAACUCACGUAUUUUAAGUCGAAAGCGAAGCCUUUUUCGACUUAAAAUACGUGAGUGACCCGUUCUUAAUAUAUUUAAUAUGAACAAUCCGUCAAUUCUGAAUGGUGGAAUAUGGAAUGAAUAGCUGCACAACUAUUUUUGAAAUGCUUUAAAACUGCUAAAAUAUUUUUUUAUACAAUUCUUCUAUACCUAAUGACUGCGUAUAAAUUGAUUGCUUAUUAUUUGUAAGAAUUGAGAUUUUGAAAACAGACAUUUAUGUUCGGCUUCAUGAAGGAAUGAAAAUGUAUUUUGAUUUCUAUACAAAACACAGCUGUAACAUUUUACAUUAUGUGUGAAGAUGGUACUAAUGCGAUCUCAUGUUAUUUAUUAAGUAAAUUGUUGGGAAUUGAAGGUACUCUUGUAACCUAUAUUUUCAUCCUACUAGUCCAUAAAAAUAACUAGUAUCAAUGCAAUGUCUGUACAAA